ACACAUCCGGUCGGCCGGCUGGAUCGGCGCGCGCAAAACAAAACUGUGUUGUUUCUGUUGUUUGAUGAUUGAAAUUUACCGCGACUGGAAUCCCUACUGACAAUUUCUUGCUGUAUCAAAUUCAAAGAGUCAAAGUCAUUUCUCAAAUUAUUAUCGCAGACUACCACAUGCAGAUGUACUCCCAUGAGCGGAGGAGGAAGUAAUAACAAGACUUAAGUUGAAGUUCAGUUGAACUUGUCUCAGACUCAGGCCAGGGCGCGAGGGACAACGCGAGCUCCCUCCUCUCGAUCGCGCCGCGCCUGUCGGGCCCGGUCCGGUCCUACAUUAGUACAUACAUGUACACCUGACAUGGUCCUGGGUCGUCAUUUCACCCCGGGUACAAACUGAUCAAGCUCAACGAAUCAUUGGCCGCACCGCAGUACUAUAAAGCAAGCAAUGGCAGGUGAGGAUUAUGGAGACGACCUUGAUGCUCUCACUUCACUCCUUGAUGACGAAGAUGAUGCGGAUCCAUAUGAUAGCGGUGAUCCUUUCUCAGUAAAGAGCGAACACUCGCAGCAAGUGUCACAAGCAGUCAAGAAGCAAGGUACCAGUCAUGAAAGGAAAAAAAGAUCCGUUGGAUCCAGUCAGAGCAGUGGGGAUGAUGAAAAGUCAAAAGAAGAGUUGAUAGAGGAACUGCAAAGGUUGCGAGAGCAGAUGGUUCAGAUGAACGGAGGUACCCCCACUUCAUCACAGAGUAGCUGUCCAACCAAGCCUUGUCCUAAAAAAGAAACCUUUUCAAAUGCACUCUUUGCUGACCGAACACCAAAGCGAAAGCAAAAGAAAGAUUCUUCGAUUCCAGCCAAGAAGGAAUCUCACAAUAUAAAUUAUGAAGAUUUUGAUAACGAAGACGGACUGUCAGACUUGUUUGAUGAUGAGAUGGAGGUUGAAGAUGAAGAGAAGAAAGAUGUCCGCAAAGUGACGCCACAAAAGGCCGAGUCCCUCUUCAAGAAGACCAAUAAACGUCAUGCUCACACCCCUCAGACUGCAACAGCUCCUCCUAAGAAAGUGUCUCCUUAUAAGUGCAAUUUAUGUGACCAAACCUUUGACAACCGACAAGCCAUGACGGUGCAUGAAUUCAAGCACAAAGUAAGCCGAUACAGCUGUGAAGUCUGUCAGAAGAGCUUCACAAGCAAACUCCAACUGGAAACUCAUUUCAGGACUCAUAAGACCUCUGAACCCAAGUCCCAGUCCAGUCCGCCAGAGCCAAGUAGUAAGGCUAGAUGUGGUGAUGGGGCUAUUGGUGGUGUGAGUAAAGGCAGCAGCGGGGAUGGAGGAUCGCAGAAGACGAUGCCACAUCUUGGAGCGGGAUCAAAGCGGAAGCAAAUCAAAGAGGAGGAACAGUGCGAGACAGAAUACUUCUCAAGGAUUCGCAUCAUAAAUCCUCUGGUAUCUUCAGCUGUGAUGAAAGAGAGGAUGAAGGAACGUAAGAUGAUUAGAAUGAGCAUUUUAAAUCACUACUCCAAGACAGGAGCACUGGAAGGAGACUGGGUGACGAUGGGUGUUCUUCUACGAAAGACAUUAAGAACAGAUACAAAGGGUAAACCAUUUAGCAUCUGGGUGUUGAAUGACCUUUCUGACCUGGAAGAGAAUGUAAGCCUCUUCCUGUUUGGUAAGAUUCAUGAGGAGCACUGGAAGACCGUUGAAGGGUCGGUGAUUGGACUCCUCAAUGCCUGUACCAUGGAAAAGAGGGACAAUUCAAACUACAAGGAUUCUGGCAAUGUUCAACUUCGUGUCGACCACCCUCAGAAGAUUCUUCUAAUGGGUAAAUCAAAAGACUUUGGUCGAUGCAGAUCAACCAAGAAAGAUGGUCAACCGUGCUCACAAAUAAUCAACACGAGAGACUGUCAAUACUGUUCAUAUCAUGUCCAGGCUGAGUAUAAGAAAGCAGGCUCUAAGAGAACAGAUCUCAGCUCAUCGUACUCUGGUAUAACUCCCAAAUCCUUCAUGAAGAAAAUGCAGAAAGAUAAUGUAUUCUAUGGAGGACAGAGUGUGGCCGUGCCGAGCAUGUGCGUGGUUGGUGGGGGAGUGAAGUCCCACUCCAAGGCCUCGAGUUUCAAGUCUAGCAAGCUCAACCUGAAGAGCCUCGGGGUGAAGGGAGCCGAUACCGUCAUGGAGGAGGCCAAGUCCAGCGUCCUGACCCUACUUGGCAAGGGAGAGAAGGAGGAAGACACGCUGGUCAAGGUGUCGGGCGCUUCCAAAGAAUUCACAAGCUUGCUGAAAGCACCAACCCCAGGAGCUCAGAAUCUAGUUAGACAUAUGGUUACAGUAGAGAAAACCAAGAAAAAUGUUGCUGCCAUCUCUGCCGACGACCUCCUGAAGCAACACAAGCAAGAGAUGGCUUCCAAGAAGGCGGCCAGAGCCCAUGCCCUCGGCAAACCAUCUACGUCAUCCCCAUCAUCCACUCUGACGGAAAGCACCCGGUUCAACACGUCCAAGACUCCGGCUGAUGCUGCACCCAUGCUAGGGCGGGGUUGGAGUGGGGGAGGGGAUAUUGACCUGGGGGCAAGUCCUGUCAAGAAGGCUACCCCAGCCAGGAAGGGAAAGUCGAGCGCAUCCACACUGAUCGCUAAACAGAGGGCGCUAGAUAUGAUCAACAAGAAGGGAGGCAUAGCAAAACAGGACCCAAAUGAUGUCGGGAGGAGAAAGAAGAUGGAUGAACGGCAGAAGAAAGCAGUGAAAAGAAGAGUGGAGGAAAAUUGGAGGAAAGAUGAACUUGAAGCUGAGCCCGACAGCUCCACCGGUUCUAGAGCCACAAAGAAGCGGAAGACAUUCCUGGGCCAAGACCUGCAGAUGAGCAAAGAUGAGAUGGAUAAGAUCCUCAAAGCAAAAUCUAGCCAUGCUGGACUUCUUGCUGAGUAUGAAGCAGAACUCAUGGAUCGAUAUUUUAAGGAGAUGGAAAAGAAGGAAGGAUUGGAGAAUAAGCUUGAUUCCAUCAGAGAGAUGAAACGAAAAGUGGUGUCUUGCAAAGAGUGCUCUUUCACUUGGUUCUUCCCCUCUGAUCUGUGCAAGAAAGAAGGUCACUCACUCCACUGGCACGAGGCCAUGCAGAGGUUCUUUGUAUGUAAGGACUGUAAAUCCAGGUCCAUUGCCUUUGAUAGGAUACCAACAAGAGCUUGCAGAUCUUGUGGAAGUACCCGCUAUGAAAGGACUAGUAUGCUCAAGGAGAGAAACGGGCCAAAGAUCGGAGGAGAGACCCUACUUGUUCGAGGAUUGGAAGAGAAGUACCUGUAAACUCAGAGCAGUGGCACCUAAAUGUUUUAUCAGGGUACCGUAAACACAAAAGUUUAGCAAUCAAUUGCACGCUGGAUUUUCACGAUAAAUUGUACAUUGCAGUCAUUGCCAUCAAUCGUUUUCCAAACCGUUACAUGAGAAUCUACCUUGACAAUGUUCCCCUUACUCAAGUUUAAAACUAAAUAUGGUGCCGGAUGAUUUUGGUGGUAAUGUUUGUACUUGAUAAUUCAUGAAGAGUAAUUGUUUGUACCUCCAACAUUUUUCUUUUCCUUACUUUCUAGCUUAGAAAAUGGAUGAUAAAUCCGCCACUGUCUAUGAAAUUACCCAUGAUACUUGAGGUCAAUAUCUUGAUAUAAAAAAAUAUCAAGUGUUUGCCUUUUAUACUUUAUUUCCAAUGUUUCUCAUACCAAGUUACUUUUCAAGCUCAGAAAAAGUAUCAAUUGGUCUGACACAGUUAAAAAAUAAUAUUUACCAAAUUGUUAAUUGUCUAACUUGUUUAAUAAUCUGAAUGUGUCUAUAAUAAAAGAUGUGAUUGUAGUGUAACACAUUUAUUUUCUUUCUUUAAUCUGUUUUUCUUUGUCUCAAAAAAAUGUUAACUGCUUAUUUGUGUUUUCUUUUUUUCUUUUAAAUAUUUUGUUGAUGAAAAAAAUCCCUUUAACACCUACUCAUUCCAUUAUCAGUAUUUUUGUACGAGAGGAAAGUUGUAAACUUGAAAUUACCACGUCUUAUCAACAUUACCAACAUAUUGUAAAUAAGAAAUAUCUGAAAUCAAUUUGAACAUGCUUGCUCUAUAUGUAUCUAUACUUUGUUAUCUAUUGGUAAAACAAGGAAUCAUGAUGCGGAUUAAUGAAUAAAAUUUUCAUUGAAUAUUUUGAGGAAAA